AUGACCGAUGCUGCUGCAACAGGAGCACUCAACAAAUCUGAGCGUCCACUUCUGAUCAUAUACACUGAUUAUAAACCCGUGAUUAAAUCUCACAUCCGAGAUCUAGCAAAAGAAGUGGGACACCCAACUGAUAUCUAUCAACCGGAUGUAUGUUCCGAAGACCCUAUUCCAAACGCAACCUGUAGUUCUGAGUCCAAGAUGGCAGGGAGUAUCAGAUCUUGUACCUGUAAGACCAACUACAGAGAUGUACCGCUGGACGUCGUUAGUGUCAACAACACCUGCCUCGUCAAUGGCAGCUGGACUCCACCCUUGAUUAACUGCACAGGUCCCUACAUCAGACUGACCACGCCUAGCACCAGCACAUACACCUUCCAACAGAUAUCUGCCAGCAACCUACACACAAUAACAGGCGGCACCUCUACCAUGGUGUUUCUGGUCAAGGCGUGCCACGAUGCCAACUUUGCUCUACACACAAGUCCUAACAACUACACCACUGAUGUGUAUGAAGUGGGCUUUGGUGGGUAUGCGAACACGAAAUCCUUUAUUGGUGAAUGCAUUCAGUGCAGUAUCAUGGAUUCCCAUAUUGAAUCAUCUAUUGUAUCAUGUAACGAGUACAGACCAUUUUGGCUCAGCUGGAAGAAUGGCGUCAUCUCUGCGGGAAGAGGACCGGUUGCUGGGACCCAGAAAUUCAUGCAAUGGACGCCAACUCAAGCCAUUGUGAUAAAUCACGUUAGUAUCAGUACCUAUAUUAAUAAUCCUGAGGAGAAGCUGUUUACAGAUGACGACCCAGGAUAA